AAGUGCCUCUUUGGCACACCGGGGCGCGUGCGCCCCGUUCGUGGUGUGCCCCGUUCGUUGAGUGGUGUGCACUGCCCCGUCCGCCAUGGCCGAGGAGCCCAAAGAGUUGGUGAGCUGUGGGAAAUGCGCCACGGUGAACUCCGUGCCCUUUGGCCUCGACGUCUUCAAGUGCUACAGCUGUGGGAUCUCCGUGGUCAUCAGCCGCGAGUCGGCGUCCGCCUGCGCGGCCGCGUCGCCCACGGCCCUGUACAUCGACGGAUUGCAGGGCAACCCUGACAGCAGCACGUCCAAAAGCAAGAAGAGUGAGGAGGGCGCUCCUGCGACGGGAAGCUCUUCGUCGCGAUCCUCCAUGGGUUUCUUCGAGAAGCUCCAGAGACAGGUGGACAAGACCCUGCAGAAGGUGGAGCAAUCUCUCUUCGAUGGUGUUCCAGCGAGUAGCUCGAGUAGCUCAGCGACCGGGAAGCUGGAGAAGUUGCCAGUGGGACAGCCCCCUACUGGAGCAGUGCAGGCCAAGAAGACCGAGGGGCCGCCGGCGAAGACCGAGGGGCCCCCGGGGUCACCGGGCAAGGGGCAGAGCGGCUACCCCGAGUCCUCCUCAGCUGCCUUGAAAGCUGCAGAGGAGCGCGCCGACCGUUUGGAACAGCUCUUGGAAGCUGCAACUGCCAGAGAGGCAGUCUCGAGCUCCGAGCGGCGCGUGCUCCGGAAGCAGCUGGAUGAGGCGGAGGAGCUCGUCUCCGGUCUCUCUCAACAGUUGGACCGUGUACAGACAGAGGUCCAAGAGCAGCGCAAGCAGUGCGAGGCGCUGGAGAAGGCUUUGGCCGAGGCGAGGGGCUCUUCGGACGGAGGCCGCGCGGAGCUCCUGCGCCGAAUCGCCGAGCUGGAAGCGUAACGAAAAGGGUUCGGCCCAUCGGUGUGGGGCGAGGUGAGAGUCGACAAUGGACGAGGUGUUUUGGGGCGGGGCACCCGGAGCCUGACCAGCUUCUCUUCAUGUUUGGGUGGGAAGAUUUGCCGUUGGUUUGCCGUUUUGGACCAGCCAGGUGGGUGUCACUUCCCAGCCCGCAAGACAUCUCGAGGAGUAACAGCCCGGCGGUUCUUGAGAUCGAUCGAUCGAGAUCCGGGUGCUUUUUGGGAUCGGGUGUUCGGCCGUGAGCUGCGAUCGAUGGCAACUAAGGGACACAUGAAAACACAUGUGUAUGACUCGAUUCUCCAUUCAAGGCAGUAAGCAC